AUGCUGAGGCUUCAAAACAUUAAUAGAAUAAAUCACGUUCAUCGAAAUCUAUUAAAUGAAGAAAAAAAUAAAAUAAACGUUUGUGUAAAUGAGUAUAAGGAUAUCAUAUGGAAUAAUAAUAGUAAAACUUGCAAGAACAAAUAUAAAAAUAUCAAUAACCUACAUAACAUCAUUAAAAGUAGUAUAUUAAAAAAUUAUAAAAAUGUUUAUUUUUAUAAAAAUUUGUUAAGAGUUGCUGAAAAUAGAAAAAAUGAUUUUAGCUUGCAUCAAAUAAAUAUAAUUAUAAAAUCAUUGAUAAAAGCGAAAAUAUAUAGAUAUUCGUUAUUUAAUUCUUUUGAAAUACCCAUUUUAAAAUAUAUAAAUUAUUUAAAUACCCUAAUUAAUGAUACGAAAAAUAACAAUAAUUUAAAAUAUAUUAAUGAAUUAUAUAAAAAUCUACAUCUAAAUGAAGAAAGAUAUAAAUCCAAUAAAGAGUGUAACUUAAAUUCUUGUAUUAUUUCUGAUCAAUUUAAUAUUUUGGUUGAUAUUUUUAAAAGUUAUAAUUACAUAAAUUAUAAGUAUGAUUAUUUUUAUGAAACAUUAUUUUUCUUUUUAACUAAAAAUUAUAUGUAUUUGAAUAAUGGAAAAAGGUUAUUAGAUAUAUGGAUGAUUUAUUUAAAUAGAUUUUUAUGUAAUGAUGUAAUAUUUCUACAAAACCGAAAUAAUCUUUUUAAUAUUAAUCAAGUUCACACUUUAAGGAAAAACAAAAAUUUCAAAUUUUUUAGGUUGUAUAGACACAAAUAUACGUAUAACAUAAAAAUGAAAACAGUUUAUAAUUACACUAUUAUAUCUAAGAAAAAAGUAAAUAAAAUAGGAAAAAAAACAUGUUAUAGUAGUAUUUUUUGCAAAAAUAAUAUUUUUAGUAUUUGUAAAUAUGUAACAAUGAUUAUUCUGAGAAAUGAAAAAUUAUUUAGAUAUAAAAAUAAAAAUAUUAAUAAAAUUAAAAGUUUUUACAUAUCUAAUGGAUAUAUGUAUAAAAUAAGGAAUUCAAAUAUAAUAAUGAGUAAUUUAUCAGUAAAAUAUCUAAUUAAAAUUAAUUUUAUUAAUAACCUUGCUUUUUUAAAAAAAAACUAUUUUCCUAAUGAAUUAUUAAAUAAUAUUAAUUUUCUUCAAAAAUUAUCAACUUCUUUAUCUGAAUUUAAUAUGAAAUCUAUUCUUUUUAAUAUAUAUAUAAAAAAAGUAAAGAAACUUAAUGAAGCUAGCAAAACAAAUAACAAUUUUUUAAUUGAAAAAAAAUAG